AUGUCCUCCCAUUCUAACCGCUCAUGCGCGGCUCCCGGAGCGCUCAGCGUGGCGAUCGGCGGUGCGCAGUGUCCCUCGGACACAGCGGAUCACCAAUCACGGAAAGAGCUGAAGAUGUCAGCUCGGUCAUGUGAUCAGCUAUGUCCAAUCACAGCUGAUCACAUCAGCGCCACCUGUCAGUGUCCCUCAGUGCCAGCUCUCAGUGCUCAUCCAUGCACCUGCCAGUGCCCAUCAGUGCCAUAUCAGUGCCACAUUUCAGUGCCCAUCAGUGCCAUAUCAAUGCCACAUAUCAGUGCCCAUCUGAGCUGCCUUUCAGUGUCACCCAUCAGUGCCAGUCAGUGC